CAAAGACCCCCAACGUCACAAAGUCAGACCGUCGGACUACGAACAGGUUGAAAAGCCCCGGAGGCUCGUAGUUAUAUUCAAAUACGGCAGGUUGCAGGUUGUGACCGGAUCUGAUACACAAGCUGGGAUGCUCCGAUCAGGUUUUUGCUGCCGAUUCCGAUCACCCAUGAGGGCCGAUCACUGCCGAUCGCCGAUCACUGCCGAUUGUCUGGAUUGGCUGUUAAUUUUUCUCUUUAGGAAGGUCUCAGCGCAGCGUGGGUGCCCAGGGAUCCACUGCCUGAGUGCGGCGAGAGCGGCGGCCGAGACCCCAGAGACAUGAACCACACCAAGGGCGGCUUGGUGAUCUUCACCGCCAACUCGCACCCCUCGAGUCGCGAGCUGGGCAAGAGGAUCGCAGAGCGGUUAGGGGUGGAGCUGGGAAAGGUGCAGGUGUACCAGGAAGCAAACAGAGAAACACGGGUACAGAUCCAGGAAUCGGUGCGAGGCAAGGAUGUCUUCGUCAUCCAGACUGUAUCAAAGGAUGUCAACACCACCAUCAUGGAGAUGCUGAUCAUGGUGUACGCCUGCAGGACGUCAUGCGCGCGCAGCAUCACCGGCGUCCUGCCCUACUUCCCCUACAGCAAGCAGUGCAAGAUGAGGAAGAGGGGCUCCAUCGUCUCCAAGCUCAUCGCCUCCAUGGUGUGUAAAGCCGGCCUCACCCACCUGAUCACUAUGGACCUCCAUCAGAAGGAGAUUCAGGGCUUCUUCAACAUUCCAGUGGACAAUCUGAGAGCGUCUCCGUUUCUGCUUCAGUACAUCCAAGAGGAGAUCCCCGACUACAGAAAUGCUGUAAUUGUUGCAAAAUCUCCGGCUUCUGCUAAAAGGGCUCAGUCGUUCGCCGAGCGGCUGCGUCUCGGCAUCGCGGUGAUCCACGGAGAAGCUCAGGACGCCGAGUCGGACCAGGUAGACGGACGCCACUCCCCCCCCACCGUCAAGACCACCGGAGCCAUUCACCCGAGCAUGGAGAUACCAUUGCUGAUCCCUAAAGAAAAGCCUCCAAUCACGGUGGUGGGAGACGUAGGGGGACGCAUCGCCAUCAUAGUGGAUGACAUCAUCGAUAACGUCGAUAGCUUCGUGGCGGCGGCAGAGACACUGAAGGAGAGAGGGGCCUACAAGAUCUUUGUCAUGGCGACGCACGGGCUCCUCUCCUCGGACGCCCCGAGGUUCAUAGAAGAGUCCGCCAUUGACGAGGUGGUGGUGACCAACACGAUCCCCCACGAGCUCCAGAAGCUCCAGUGCCCAAAGAUCAAAACGGUGGACAUCAGCAUGAUCCUGUCGGAGGCCAUCCGCCGCAUCCACAACGGAGAGUCCAUGUCCUAUCUGUUCCGCAACAUCGGUGUGGACGACUGAGCCGCGCGUCACACUUUUUACAUGACUUUCUAUCCCUGUGGGAACAGUCCUUUAAAAUGUUGCAUCUCCUUUCCCUCUCGCACUAACACAGCUUCAGAGCCAGAGGUUAAUCUAUUGGUUAAUCUAUGGGUUGGUUUGAGGUCAGGUUAGUGUUUAUGCUGGAAUACAAAACAAAAUCCACUCUUGUUAUGCUAUAUUUAUGUUUGUUCCUAGCUCAUGAUGCUACACAGCCUAAUUCUAACUGCUACCUUCAAGGUCUUUCUCUGAUGACACAAGAUGACGAAUCCAGUUUACAAACUACCCCAACUGACACACAUCUGCUCUUCCUUAAACUAUUCACACCCCUUGAGGUUUUCACAUUUUGUCUUGUUACUAUCACAAACAUCAGUGCGUUUUAUUGGGAUUUUGAUUGGUAGACCUACUCAGUAAAGAAAAAUUCUAUACAUGUUGAUACUUUCUAUCCCAACCACUUGAUGCUUCUGCUGCUACAUUUCACUGUGUGGAUGAUGUAUUCAGGGUAGUGUUGAUUUUCCACCUCAUGUAGGUAAGAUCAGAUCACGUUCUUGUAUGUCAGGACUGCUUUUGGCCGACCUUCAGUGGUAACUUUCUUUUUGACUUUCAAAGUUUACACUCUGUUGCCCCUUUUCACUUUAAAGUUUGCCAUCUACAUGUUUUUUUCCUCUCCUUAUGGGAAUUACCUGGAGUUUUAGUGAAAUAUUGAAGUGUACCUACUAAUAUUUAACAGAGUGGAACAGAUAAAUCGGCCCCAAUUUCUUUAAUUUUAGGUGAUGUCUACCUCCGCAAAGAUCUGAAAACCAGCAACUGUCCCCUUAACAAUAGUCACCCCACCUUUGCCAACUUAGCAACUUUGUUGCUAUAUUUAGCAACUUUUCAAAAUCGUUAUCAAGUCAUUCA